AUGGACCACCGGAUGAGGUGUGCUGGCCGGGAGGUGGUGACGAUUGCGGGCGUUUGGUGUGUGAUCGUUUUCCUGGUGCUUCUGUUGGACGUGCCUCAACCGGUCGUGGGGUUACGAUGCCGGACGGGCGAAGGACCGAGCAGCGAGGACGUGAAACGGAUCGUCCAGACGUGCCUGAAUAAGAUAACGAACGCGGGCUCGGAGAACCGGAGUAGCGAUGAGUACGCGGACUAUGACUCAUCGGAAUCGGAUGGUGCGAGUGAUGAGAAAAGUGGGAAGCAAAACGAUACCGGUAGGCGACACGGGCCUAACAAGCACUUGCUAGACCGGCGACAGGAUGGAAACGAUUGGGGAAAUGGGAACCGAAUGAACUGGCCGAGCGAGAGCGGUAGGCGAUAUCCAAUGGAUCGGAGGGAUCGAUGGAACGGUGAUGAUCGAGGAGGUCGAUCGAGGAUGGGUGAACGCGACCGAGACAGAGAUCGAACCGAUGAGGAUCAGUACAUGAUGCGGGAAUACGGGAGACAUUACAGCAACAGGCGCAAGCGGCAGUAUUACGGUGGUCCUGGUGGUCCCGGAGGUUCUGGUGGGGAAUACGGUCGCAAUCAAUCACCUUCAGGAAACGGAGAGUUUGGGACGAGUUCCGGGAACGGGUCACGGAGUGGGAACUCGUCGUCUUCGAUCGAGCGCGACCGGGCCUGUCUGAUGCAGUGUUUCUUCGAGGAAUUGAAAGCCACGAACGCGGACGGUCUGCCCGAGAAGCACAAGGUACUGCACGUCAUUACGAAGGAUAUCCGCGAGCAUCAGCUGCGCGAGUUUUACAUCGAUUCGAUACAGGAGUGUUUCCAUAUGAUAGGAAUGGAUAACCGGCUGAAGGACAAGUGCGACUAUUCGAUGCGAUUCGUGACGUGCCUGAGUGAUCGCUUCCAGUCGAACUGUGACGAUUGGGAUAGUAUCACAAGCGCUAUGUUUUAGGUUUUCUCUUAUCAUAAGUAGAUCGAGCACGUGUUUUCUCCGUUGGGCACUCACAG